AUGUCCUCAGCCUCAACUUCCAACUCAAUAUCCUUCGACACUCACACCCACCAACAACUCCAAACCAAACUCGAAAAAAAACUCGGACCGGAAUACAUCUCCACCCGUCCAGGGCCCGCAGGUGGACCCAAACUCACAUACGCAGAAGGUUGGAAGAUCAUCAACCUCGCGAACGAGGUGUUCGGAUUUAACGGCUGGUCUUCGAGUAUCGUUAACCUUAAUACGGAUUUCAUGGAUUAUAAUGAGGAGACGAGGAGGUGGAGUGUGGGUGUUUCGGCUGUUAUUAAGGUUACGCUUAGGGAUGGAGUGUUUCAUGAGGAUGUAGGGUAUGGGAUGUUGGAGAAUUCGAGGAGUAAAGGGGCUGCGCUUGAUAAGUGCAAGAAAGAAGCGGUUACGGACGGUGUCAAGCGAGCUUUACGAAACUUUGGGAACUUGCUCGGCAACUGCUUGUAUGAUAAACAGUAUGCGAAGGAGAUCGUUAAAAUGGCUGUUCCGCCUGUAAGUAUUUGUUCUUCGUAUUUAUAUACUCUUUAG